GCGGAGGUGGAGCAGAAGAAGAAGCGAACCUUCAGGAAAUUCACCUACAGAGGGGUGGACCUGGACCAGCUCCUCGACAUGUCCUACAGGCGGCACACCGCCCGCCAGCGUCGGCGUCGCAACCGGGGGCUACGGCGAAAGCAACACUCGCUGCUGAAGCGCCUGCGCAAGGCCAAGAAAGAGGCACCACCCAUGGAAAAGCCGGAGGUGGUGAAAACCCACCUGAGGGACAUGAUCAUCCUCCCCGAGAUGGUGGGCAGCAUGGUCGGC